CUGUCUAAAUAGUCCAACUAUAUGCUUGCAGCUCAGGCAAUGACUCUAAUAUAUAUGUAUAUAUACACUCAUUGGCAUAGGUAGUAGAAAGAAGAUAACAAGAAUGGCAGAAGUAAAGUUACUAGGAGCUUGGCCUAGUCCAUAUGUUUCGAGAGUCAUAUGGGCUCUGAAACUGAAGGGAAUCAAAUAUGAGUAUGUAGAAGAAGAUGUAUUACAUAACAAGAGUGAAAUGCUUUUGAAGUACAACCCAGUGCAUAAGAAGGUUCCAGUGCUUCUUCAUGCUGGAAGACCAAUUGCAGAAUCCAUGGUCAUUCUUGAGUACAUCGAAGAGAUGUGGCCGCAGAAUCCUUUGCUUCCAGGUGAUCCUCAUCAGAGGGCUAUGGCUCGGUUCUGGACAAAGUUUGGGGAGGACAAGGACGGAAAAUUUUUUGCUUUCUGGAGGACUGCAGGAGAAGAACAAGUGAAGGCAACAAAAGAAGCUCAAGAACAUUUGAGAAUCCUGGAAGAGCAUGGUCUUGGGGAGAAGAAGUUUUUCGGUGGCAAUGAGAUAGGACUAACUGACCUAGCUUUUGGGUGGAUGGCUUUUUGGCUACAAGUGCUGGAAGAAGCAGCUGGGGUCAAAGUGGUGGAAGCUGACAGCUUCCCUCGCUUGCAAGCAUGGAUGAAAAACUUCAGAGAAUUUCCAGCAAUUAAAGAGAACCUUCCUGAUCGCAAUGCAUUGUUGGCAUAUUUCAAGCAUCGAAGGAAAUCCUUCGUCUCCACUUAAGCAUCCUAAACACUAGCGUCAUUGUGGUUUGCAAUUUGGAUUGAGAUCUCCAAUAAUUUUGCUGUCUGAAUUGCUAGCAAUCCUAACAACAAAUGUGAGAGUUCUCAUGAGACUCGUCUGUCCAAAUAAGUCUCAAACAACCUACUUUACCAGUUUGAACAAGUAGAUCUCAUAAAGACUCACAUUUGUUUGCUAGAGAUCCGAAUCCUUGAAAUUCAAUGGCAUGAAUGCUCUCAAUCUUUGGAUGUGAUUUUCCAAAAAUAAAAAACCACAAAUACGCGUGUAUCUAUAGGCUUACAAAAGAAAUAGCAGUGUGAAUGGAAGAAUAUUCUGUAUCUCUUUAGUGUGUCAACAAUUAUGGUGUAUUGUUUAUCCUAGUCACUCAAAUUGGCAAGUUGUGAGGCCAUUUUCCAGCUAAAACAUACAUGAUAAAUAACUUUAAGAGUGUUGCUAGGGAUGCUUC